AUGAGGCGGAGAGUGAGGGGGUGGACUGCCCAGCGGACGUGUGCCAGGAUCUUGAACGUGACUUGCCGUAGCGAAGAAGCUGAGGUGCGUGAGAGGCCAGAAGCUGAGCCAGACGUGGGAGGGCAGCCUGUACUACGGCGCAGGCAUGUGUGUGCCCCGCCACCCGUGAUACUGUAUGAGGAGUCCGUUGUAGUGUCAGUCAGUUACAAGGGCGUCGGCGAAGCCUCCGAAUAA